UACUCCAACCACAGAAGAAGACGAAGACCUACACAACCAAAAGCAUUAGCAGUAGCAUUAACAUCAAGCUGUCCUGUUUUAAAUGAACUGUUUCAUUAAUAUAUAAAUAUAUAUAUAUAUAUAUAUAUAUAUAUAUAUAUAUAUAUAUAUAAAAUUUACAGCUCGCGUGAUUUCUCCGGAAGUGUAAUGUAACAUCCUUCAGUGUUCUGUGGGGAUUAUUUACACACCGCUGGUGUGUGUGUGGUGAUCAAGAUGGAGUGUGUGAAGUCCAGUACUGUGAGUGAAGUGGAGGAAAGAUCUCAGAGUGUGAAGUUAACUCCGUUCAUGCUGGCUAAGAUCGAGAGGAACCGACAGAGAGCGCUGAUGCUGAGGCAGGCCAGACUCGCCAACCGACCCUCACCUGGGGAAGGUGCCACAGCAACCAAAAUAGCAAAAACCAUCGACUCUGGCGCAGGAUUCUUCAUUGAAGAGGAGGAGGAGGAGGACAAGCAGCAAGUGACGAGAGUGGUGAAUAAACCUGCCCCAGUGAUGAAGCCAGAUUAUCUGAUAUGUGAGGAGUGCGCAAAGCCGUUCAUGGACUCAUUCCUCAGCAACAGUUUCGAUCUCUCAGUGUGUGACAAAUGCAGAGACAGUGAGGUGAAACACAAGCUGAUUUCUCGUACCGAGGUGAAGCAGCUCUUCCUGUUGAAAGACUGCGAUCUGGACCAGCGCGAGCCGCCGUUGCGCUUCAUCCUGAAGAAAAACCCCCACAAUCCUUGCUGGGGAGACAUGAAGCUGUACCUGAAAUCACAGGUGGUGUGUCGGUCUUUGGAGGUUUGGGGCAGUGAGGAGGCUCUGCAGGAGGCGCGAGAGACUCGAGAGGAGAACAGAGAGAUACAGAAACAGAAACGCUUCAACAAGAAAGUCAAAGAGUUGAGGCGUGCAGUGAGGAGCAGUGUGUUCAGGAAGGACGUCGGCGUCCACCAGCACGAUUACGGUGAGGAGGAGCUGCUUGACGAGGAUGAGGAUCAGUACAGGAAAGUGUGUAAGACUUGUGGACACCAGCUCACCUAUGAGAAGAUGUAGAGCCGGCUGUGUCCCAAAUCCAUCCUGGGCACACACACACACUUGGCGGUGUGAGGACGGUGCGCUAGCGGAAAUGUUCAUGGAUGUCUGAAUGAUGGGAUCAAAAAUGCUCACAGUGCUGCUGUUACAUUGCACCAUAACAGGAAGAGUAUUCAUGUGGAAUGAUGCCUACCUCAGGAACGACUUUCUGACUGGAACACACUUACAGCAAACAUCCAUUCCAGCCGAACGAAAUAUACACUGAUUUUGUAAUAAAGAAGCAAAAACUCA